AUGGCUGGAUUGUGGCAGCAGCUCAGCUCCCUGCGGCAGGGUCGAGCUCUGGCUCUCCUCCACCUCAUCAUCAGUCUUCUCUACCCAGCUUCGGGGGCUCUUCCAUGGGAUACCAAAGCCAGCCCACCCCCUCUGGAGGGGUUUCAGGUGGUGAAGGGGAAUUUCUCCAGAACUUUCCUCCACAUUGGCUACCAUAAGAUUGCAGAGAUUCCUGCAGGAGCACGCAACAUCAGCGUACGGGAGACGACAAAGAGCCGAAACUACCUAGCUCUGCAGACACAGAGUGGUGUCUCCAUCAUCAAUGGAAACUGGGUGAUUGAUAGGCCGGGGAUCUUCCCUGCUGUGGGAACACGGCUGACGUACCAGCGACCCAAUGAAAUCCGCUCUCGCAGUGGAGAGUCCAUCACUGCAGCCGGGCCGCUGACUGAGGACCUGCAUGUUUAUUUGAUCUACCAGCAGCCCGGUCCCAGUGUAAACUACGAAUACACUGUGCCUUUACAAAACACACACCCCACUCCUGAGCCAGAUUCACCUUCUGAUAUUCUGCCCCUGGUUGAGACAGUUGGCCCAUCCCACUCAGGUGAGAAGGACCACCGAGGUGACGUCACCAACAAUGACAUCAUCAAAGAGAAACCCCACCCUAACCAGGUUCCCUCUGACCCCAGUGUGACCUCUGACCCUCGGCCCACCUACGCUUGGACAAUAAGUGGUCGCACCGAGUGCAGCGCCACCUGUGGCACUGGCAGGCGUCAGGUACUCUGGGAGUGUGUUGAGAAAGAUUCCCAGGCGACUGUUCCCGCUGACCUCUGUGACCCUGCACUUGAACAAACAAAUCCGGAAGAAGACUGCAACACCCAGUCCUGCCCUGCAUACUGGGACGUGGGGGAGUGGUCAGAUUGCAGCAGGAUGUGUGGACCCGGCAACCAGCACCGCCAGCUCAUCUGCCGCCAGGUCACUCACGUUUAUACCAAUGGGACGGAGACCUCGGUUACCGUGGCAGAAGAGCAGUGUGGGUCCGAUGAUAGGCCGGUGACCAAGUCUACAUGUCAACUGAAGAUUUGCAGCCAGUGGGAGAUACGAUCUGAGUGGAGCCCGUGUUCAGUGCCAUGUGGGGUGGGGCAGCGCAGCAGGGAGGUGGUGUGUGUGAGCAACCAGGGUGAUGUGGAGGAGGACGAGGAGUGCAACAUGAACCUGAAGCCAGACACACUGCAGAACUGUGACAUGGGAGCCUGUGCACGCAGCUGGUUCACCUCCCUCUGGAGCCAACGGUGCUCUGCAGAGUGUGGUCGAGGCAAUCAAACCCGGAUGGCAGUGUGCCUGAUGGAUCAUGUGACUGAUCUCCCAUUGGACAGCUGCGAAGGGGAAUGUCCACCAAUAGUGACAUCGUGUGACUCAGGCCCCUGCCAGAACCGCCUGGAGUGGUACACCGGACCCUGGGGUCAGUGUUCUGCAGAGUGCGGGAACGGCACACAGACCCGGAGUGUGGUUUGUAUUCUCAACAACGACGGUCGUAUGGAGGUUGUGGACCAGUUAAAAUGUUCCAGUCUCUCUCAGCCAAUCACAGCUCAGCCCUGCAGGCUGAAGCCAUGCGGUGUCCAGUGGUAUGUCACAGACUGGAGUGCAUGUUCGCGGGUCUGCGGCGGAGGCUACCGUGUGCGUGAGGUGCGUUGUCUUGCUGACAACAUUUCCCCAAGCGACCGCUGUGACCCCAGUUUGACCCCAGAGAACCGAGAAGAAUGCAACAAGCAACCCUGUGUAGCUGAGAUAAAUCCGUCGUGCGGCGACCAGUAUCAUAACUGUAAUGUGGUGGUUCAAGCCCGACUCUGUGUUUACCCGUACUACAGAGGGGUCUGUUGCGCCUCCUGCUCCCGUGCCCAGAAAACGUACCCCAACUCAUUUCAAAAGAACCACAUCCACAGGUGAUGCUGCGACGAGAAGGUUAAAUUCACUUCACCUAUAGCUCUGUCUGGAGAGCGCCUCAGUAUGUGGGAAUGUAGAGAAUAGCUCAAUAUAACGUUACUCAGCCUGCAACAGAUUAACUGACGAGGUAAUCAGCUGCUUUCUUCUAUCCUGUUUCAUCUUCACACAAUACUGGAUGAAGAAUAAACUUUCAGACACACACACAAACACAUACUUUUGUGAGAAUUUCACUGUGUAGAGGUUUAGAGAGUGUAACUUCAAACUGGACUGGUCACAUUUGGUGAUGUACUUGUAUAUUUAUUCUUAAUAAAGGGUGUAUAACUUCUG